AAUCCUGGCUCUGCACUCCGGGUCAGGGAUGCUCCGCGCAGACAAAGGAAGGAGGGUUCCGUGUUCUGUGGGUGGUAAUUACCAUCAAGCCUAGAGGACUGAGGAACAGCAGCAGCUGAAACACACUCACACUGCCACAUCACACACACAGCUCGCUGCACUACAACAUGCAUUCAGGAGUUUCGCUGCUGUUGCUUUUCGUGGCGAGAAGUUGUUGGUGCGCCCCGCAGCAGACUUGUCAUCCCGGAGACGAAUUUUUAGGAAGAUGCAGCAACAACGUCUAUGAAGAGAAACCUAAGUGCACAGAGCUGAACCUGGGCUACUGCAAUGAUAUGGAAUAUUCUAGUACCAUAUUCCCCAACAUCCUCGGCCAUCGGAGUGGUGUGGAUGCCGAGUCUGGAGCAGAAUACCUCCUCCUCAGCGUCAUCCACGGCCUGCUCAACGGGGAGUGCUCCCCUGAGAUUCGUCUUGUAGGCUGCUCGGUUCUCGCUUCGCCCUGCAAGGACGACAAGAUGAUCAAACCGUGUCGCAGCACAUGUGAGGCACUGAGGAAGGACUGUGCUCAUGCCUUUGAAGCCAUCCAAAUGGCCUGGCCCUACUUCUUGGACUGUGAUCGCUUCUUUGCCAGCAACCAAGAGGGCUGUUUCGAUCCCCUAGCAGGGCUGAAAGCCAGACAGGAGCUAGCCAUGUCCAGUCUGUCUCCUGAGGAGCCCAGCACCAUCAUCCAGUUCACCUACACCUCUAAUGCCCAGAUGUACAGUUUACUGAAGAGAACAGCAGCCAAAUGCUCCCAUAUCUCUCAUGUGUACAGCAUUGGACGCAGCACGGAGGGCAGAGAUCUGCUGGUGAUUGAGUUCACCAACAACCCAGGACAGCAUGAGCUACUGGAGCCAGAGAUCAAGUUGGUGGGCAACAUGCAUGGCAACGAGGUGCUGGGCCGCCAGCUGCUCAUCUAUCUGGCCCAGUACCUGUGUUCAGAGUAUGUUCUGGGAAACCAGAGAAUUCAGACCAUCAUCAACACAACUCGCAUCCACCUUCUGGCCUCCAUGAACCCCGAUGGCUAUGAGCUGGCCGCCGCAGAGGUAGAGGAUAGCAAUGACCCGGAGCUCACCAACCACGAAGGUCAUUUGUUGAAUGGUUGGACCAAUGGUCGGGGCAAUGCCCAAAGUAUUGACCUGAACCGCAACUUUCCGGACCUCACCUCCGUGUUUUAUCGGAACCGGCGCAGCAGGCACUACCGCAUUGACCACAUCCCAAUCCCAGAUGCCUACUGGUUUGGGAAGGUGGCACCAGAGACCUAUGCAGUGAUGAAGUGGAUCAGGUCGCUGCCUUUCGUUCAGUCUGCCAGCCUCCAUGGAGGGGAGCUGGUGGUCUCUUAUCCCUUCGACUUCUCUAGACAUCCACAGGAAGAGAGGAUGUUCUCUCCCACUCCAGAUGAACAGGUCUUCAAGCAGCUGGCUCGUACCUAUGCUGAUGCCCAUGCCACCAUGUCCAACAACGACACGGAGAGGUGUGGAGCCUCCUUUUAUCGAACCAGAGGCAUCAUCAAUGGGGCUCUGUGGUACAGUUUUGCUGGUGGCAUGUCAGAUUUCAAUUACCUACACACUAACUGUCUGGAGAUCACAGUGGAGCUCGGCUGUGACAAAUUUCCCUCAGAGGCCGAACUUUAUCCAGAAUGGAAGAGAAAUAAGGAAGCUCUACUCAGCUUUCUUGAGUCUGUCCACCGAGGAAUAAAGGGAGUAGUUAAAGAUGUUGAUGGAGUUGGUAUUAAAGGUGCAACUAUUUCCGUCAAGGGGAUCAGGAAAGAUGUCACCACAGCUGAAGAUGGAGACUACUGGCGUCUGUUGAACCCUGGCACUCACAUCCUGACAGCCACAGCUAAAGGUUACUCCAAGGUCAGCAAGAGGGUUCAUCUGCCUCACAACAUGAACAAAGCCGGUCGUGUUGACUUUGUCUUGGGAAAGGUUCCUGUGGAGCCCGAUAUUGACGACCACCUCUUCCCCACAGUCGACACAUGGGAUCGAUUCGACCCCUACAACCAAUUCGAGCGCUACAGCGAACCAGAUGUGGCAGAGGAAGGGAUAGAGCGGCAGGAGAAACCAUGGUGGUGGAACUACUUCUCUCAGUCUGGCAUCUCACCUCCACACUGGCUGCUGAGGAAUGUCUAGACAUGUUUAGGGGGGAAAUAAAUAUCACGAUGUACCACUGCACUGGUGAUGGACGGUUCCACAUCCAGUCUCACUGGUGCUCUCAGAGGCGUCUAUGUAGCAAGAGCUGUGACACUGAAAUCUUCAGUAACCAAAUGCAUUUCAGUGCUUCCUGAAAGGGUGAAAAAUCUUUUUCCCGACCGGAGAACAAAUCUAUUUCCAUUCUGUGAGCGAGAUUUUGGGCUAAUAUUGUUUUUGCUGCUGCAUUUAACUUGUUUUAAGUAAAUAUAGGAUCACUGGGUAAAAAAAUUAGAUAUGGAUUCCACAGCUGUUCACCUUGUAAACAUGAUGACAUUAUGAUCAUUGAUUUUACAUGUGAUGGCAUCUGGGGCUAUUUUUGUAAUCGCAUUCCAACUAAAUUUCCUGUAAGAUUUAUUCCCAUUUUUCACAUUAUACAUGGAAACUGUUAAAACUUUCAGGACCAGUACAGCAUCUGAUAUGGACCACAUUUAAGCUUGGAUUAGCAAUAAUACUGUGCCAUCUGUGAACAGGAGAAAGUCUUGCUUUGUUUGUUUUUCACAAGCAUCUACAUUAAAUGUUAAAAAAUG